CAUCCAUCAAGAUUGAAAACAGAGCAGCGAAGGUUUAAGAAAAAAAUGAAGAAAGUGAUGAAGAUCAUCAAGCCGAAGCCUGAUCCAAAGCAACGCUUACGUGAUUGGCAACGUAAACUUCGCCAGGAGUGCCGUGACAUCGAACGCCAAAUCCGAGAUAUAGAGAAAGAAGAGAGAACGGUACAUAAAGCUAUUAAAGAGGCUGUUAAGCGGAAUGAUAUGGUCUCAGCUAAGGCGCUUGCUAAGGCGAUUGUGAGUUCGAGGAGAACAGUUAACAAGUUAUAUGAAAACAAGGCUCAGAUGAAUUCUAUAUCAAUGCAUCUCGGAGAGAGUAUUGCUGUUGCUGGAACAGUUGGGAAUCUGUCCAAGAGUACAGAGGUUAUGAAGCUUGUUAAUAAUCUCAUGAAGGCUCCACAAAUGGCUGCAAUUAUGCAGGAGUUCGGCAAAGAGAUGACUAAGGCUGGAGUUAUUGAGGAGUUUGUGAUUGAUGCCAUUGACAAUGCACUAGAUUCUGAGGGUAUGGAAGAAGAGAUCGACGAGGAGGUUGAUAAAGUAUUGACUGCUAUUGCUGGAGAAACCGCUGCUGAGCUCCCAGAAGCUGUCAGGAAAGAAAGGAUAAAGGAAGAGGCAAUUGCAGAAGGUGUUGAUUAUGAUGAGGAAGAAUUGGAAGAGAUUCAGCUCGGCUUGCUAAAGUUAAAUCCUAACUGAUUCCAAUGAUUCUUUACACACCAUUACUCUUGAAAGGAAAUGAGUAUAUAAGGAGGUUGCAGCCAGCCAGUGUAUUGUAUAUAAUAUUAGUUGAAUUACUGUAUACAAUGCAACCAUAAGCCACCUUUUGUUAACAAAAUUUCGUUUCUUGGAGUUAUUGAAAA